UCAAACUGGUUAUUCUUCAGGUAAAAAAAAAAAUCAGACGAGAAUAGAGAGUUCACUGAAAUGGGAGGAUGGCCAAUUCUUUAAGAGGUGAAGUGUUGAAUCUGUACAAAAAUCUGCUGUACCUUGGAAGGGAGUAUCCCAAAGGAGCAGACUACUUUAGAAGCCGUUUGAAAGCAGCUUUUCUAAAAAACAAAGAUGUGAAAGAUCCUGAAAAAAUUAAGCAACUAAUUGCACGAGGAGAAUUUGUUAUAAAAGAGUUGGAGGCUUUGUACUUUCUCAGAAAAUACAGAGCUCUGAAACAGCGCUACUACAGUGACGACAAUAAGUAACCGGUGGUAAUGACCCUGCCUGUAACAAUACAAAUCCAUAAAAAUAAACAAUAAAAGAGCUGUAACCUCAGAAGAAAUGAAACGUAAAUCCUUCCAACCCAUCUAGAGUACAGCUUAGGACCUUGCUUCCCCGUAAGCACGCGCAUGAAGGAUUUGGGGUUUGUAUUACAUGGGUAAUAGGUUUUUCUCAACUACUUUUGACCUCCUUCAACUAAAACUGCAUGUACAAAAUCAAUUUUGCAGGAAGUAGUGGUAAAUGCUGCUGUUCUCUUUCACUUCGAUAUGCAUCUUGGAACAGAUAGCUACGCUUGUAUUUACCCGAGCGCCGUGUGUUUGAAGGCUGACUCAAGACACUGCUUCUCUUGGUACCUAGAAGAUUAAUCUGGUUUUAUGUGUCUUCUCCAUUUUAUGAUUCAUUUCUAGCAUAAAUGAGCAACUUCUCAGAAGUAAAAUAAAUUCUUAAAGAUUUUAACUA